AUGAAAUUUACUCAAAUCUUAUCAAUUGGUUUAUUAUCAACCAUUGUUCAUAGUGCUGCUAUUCCAGAUAAUGGUAAUGCCUUAUCAAGCAUUAUUGGUGGUGCUACACCUGAAGAAAUUGCUGCUGCUGGUGAAAUUGUUAAAAACGUUUUAGGUUCAGGUGUUCUUAACAAUGCUGAUGUUUCUCCUUCUGUUGAUUUAAAUGCCGUGUUGAAUGCUCUUAAUGGUGUUGCUGGUGGUGUUAUUACUAAAAGAGAUGAAGAAGAUGGUCAACAAAAAGAUGGUAGUGAGUUCGAAAAAAGAGAUGUUGGUGUUGCUUUAGGACUUGCUGUUUCUCUUUUGAAAUUAUUGGGUAUCAGUGUCAGUCUUGGUGGUCUCAUCAAUUGA